AUGGCUCGAUCUCCCUCAUCUGAGCUCUCGUCCGCCGCAUCAGAUAUCGCUGAAGACCGUACCGCGUCGACUGCGCCUACAAGCGUUGAAGUGACGCAAGAAGAAACCAUCUCGUCCACCGUUGUCUCGAAAUCUGCUUCGCGAGGCCGGAAGCGCCCAGCAGAGGACGCGACGGUCCCUGCAAAGCGCGCCAGGAGAGCCAAAGGGCCUCAGCCUAAGUACGCUGAGGAGACUGAGGGGGAAGAGGGCAGCGAAGCCGUGGUGACAGUGCCGAAGAAGCGCGGGCGAGCAAAGAAGGCCUUGGUGACCGCUACGGUCGUCGAAGAGAUCGACGUCAAGAUCGAGGUUGAAGCUGGUACUGAAGCCGCCGCUAACGGCACGCCGGCUAAGCCCAAGAAGCGAGCAAAGAAGACUAAGACUACUAUUGAGGAGGAGGUCAAGACCGAGGAGCAGGACGGCGAGGACGGUACGGUCGUCACCAAGGUCAAGCGCAAGCGCAAGACCAAGGAAGAGAAGGAAGCCGAAGCCAUGCCUCUCGCUGCGCGAACCAUUGGGACGAAACUGCUCGUUGGGGCGCACGUCUCGAGUGCUGGAGGUGUCCACAACGCCAUCACGAACUGCGUGCACAUCGGCGGUAACGCCCUCGCCCUCUUCCUCAAAUCCCAGCGCAAAUGGACCAACCCACCUCUCGACCCUUCCCACACCACCCUCUUCGCCUCCGCCUGCACCAAGCACUCCUACUCCGCCGGCCAGCACAUCGUCCCACACGGCUCCUACCUCGUAAACCUCGCGCAUACCGACGCGGCCCGCACGACGCAAGCCUACGACUCCUUUCUCGACGACCUGACACGCUGCCACAAGCUCGGUAUAGGGCUGUAUAACUUUCAUCCUGGGAAUAGUAGUGGGGCGAAGGAUCGGGAGACGGCGAUAGCGCAUUUAGCGAGAAAUCUGAAUAAAGCGCAUGCCGAUCCUGGGAGUGGGGCUGUGGUGACGUUGCUUGAGACGAUGGCUGCGAGGGGGGUUAGUACGCUCGGCGCGGCGUUUGAGGAUCUGGCAGACGUGGUUGAGAAGGUGGAGAAGAAGGAGAGGGUUGGCGUAUGUCUGGAUACGUGCCAUGUCUUCGCUGCAGGGUAUGAUCUAAGGUCGCCUGCUGCGUUCAAGAGGACGCUGGAUGAGUUCGACGAGGUGAUCGGGCUGAAGUAUCUGAGGGCGCUGCAUGUGAAUGACUCGAAAGCCCCCCUAGGAAGCGGGAGGGAUCUGCAUGCGAACAUCGGGACGGGUUGUCUCGGCCUAAGAGCGUUCUGGAAUGUGGUUAAUGAGGAGAGGUUAGUGGGGCUGCCUAUGGUGCUGGAGACGCCGAUUGAUGUCAAGGAUCCGGUCACGGGGAAGGAGGUUCCGGAUAAGGGGAUCUGGGCGACGGAGAUCAAGCUGUUGGAGAGGCUGGUGGGGAUGGAUACGGAGAGUGAGGAGUUUUUGAGGUUGGAGAGGGAGUUGGCGGAGAAGGGAAGGUUGGAGAGGGAGAGGAUUCAGGCGCAGGUUGAUAAAAGGGAGGAGAAGAGGAAGCAGAAGGCGGAGAAGGGUGGGAAGAAAGGGAGGGGGAGGAAGAAGAAGGGGGAGAGUGAGAGCGAGUCUGAACCUAGCGACCUGGAGAGUGAGUGA